AUGAAGACCAGCAUCCUGCUUAUGUUCCUUUGGGGGUUGUCCUGUGCUCUUCCAGUAACCAGGUAUCAAAAUACUGAAUCUGAGAGCUCUGAAGAAUGGAAGGGUCAUUUGGCUCAGACACCAACACCACCUUUGGAGAGCAGUGAGUCAUCAGAAGAAAGUAAAGUUAGCUCCGAAGAACAGGCAAACGAAGACCCCAGUGACAGUGCUGAAUCAGAGGAGGGCCUUGAGGAUCAUCAAAAUGUGCACAGGGCAGCUGAUGGCCUCUCUAGGAGUGGAGGAAAAGAAGGAGAUGAUAAAGAUGAUGAUGAAGAUGACAGUGGAGAUGACACUUUUGGUGAUGAUGACAAUGGCCCAGGACCUGAGGAGAGACAAGGAGGAAACUCCAGACUCAAAAGUAAUGAGGACUCAGCUGACAUCACACAAUCCAGGGAGGACAGUGCCCAAGAUGCCGCCAGUGAGAGCAGGGACCUUGACAAUGAGGAUGAGGUGAACAGCAGGCUUGAGAGAGGUGACUCUGCUCAAGAGAGUGAGAGUGAGGAGCACUGGGUGGGGGGAGGCAGUGAAGGGGACAGGAGCCAUGGGGAUGGCUCUGAGUUUGGUGACGAAGAAAUGCAGAAUGACGAUCCAGACAUUAUCAGGGGAGACAGAGGCAACUCCAGAAGGAACAGCGCUAGUGUCAGAUCAGAAGAAUCAAAAGGAAACAGUGAUGAGCAAGCAAGCACUCAGGAUUCAGGUGACAGCCAAUCAGUGGAGUAUCCCAGGAUGAAAAUUUUCGGAAAGUCCCGUAUUUCUGAGGAAGACGAUAUGGGUGAGCUUGAUGAUAGCAACACAAUGGAAGAAAUCAAGAGUGACUCAACAGAAAACACCAACUCCAAAGAAGCUGGCCUCAGCCAGUCCAGGGAAAACAGCGAGAGUGAAUCUCUAGAAGAGAGUGAGGAGACUCAGUCUCAAGAAGACAGUCAAAAUGUACAAGACCCCAGUAGUGAGUCUAGUCAAGAGGUUGAUCUGCCAUCUCAGGAAAAUAGUAGUGAAUCUCAGCAAGAGGCGGUGAGUGAGUCCAGGGGUGACAACCCAGAUAACACCACCAGUCACUCAGAAGAUCAGGGAGAUAGUGACUCCAGUGAAGAGAAUAGCUUGAAUAAACCCUCCAGUUCAGAAAGUGAAUCCACAGAGGAGCAAGCUGACAGUGAAUCCAAUGAAAGCCUCAAAGACUCAGAGGAGAGCCCAGAGUCCACUGAGGAGGGGAAGAGUUCUAGCCAGGAGGGCCUCCAGUCUCACAGUGCCUCAGCAGAGAGCCAGAGUGAAGAAAGCCAGUCUGAGCAGGACAGCCAGUUUGAGGAAGACGAUGCCAGUGAUUCUCAGGACAGCAGCAAAUCAAAAGAAGACAGCAACUCUACUGAGAGCAAAUCAAGCAGUGAAGAAGAUGGUCACUCAAAAAACACUGAGAUAGAAAGCAGAAAAUUAACAGUUGACACUUAUCACAACAAACCCAUUGGGGAUCAAGAUGACACUGACUGCCAAGAUGGCUAUUAG